AUGGUGGAGCUCAAGACAGCAAACCUCAUCCCAGAGAAUUCCUCUCCGGGGCCAGAUAGCAAGGGCCAUUUCAACCUCCUUGCUGUCGCUCCUACCGACGUCUGGCGCAAACCUCCCAGCAUCGACAAUUUCAACGCGCCCAUCAUCUACCACUCGAUCCCCAUCUCCUCGUUCAAAUCCGCCCACGUGACGGCAAAAGGCGAAUGGAUGACGCUCUAUGACCAAGGCGGCCUCUUCCUCGUGCUGCCGCCGAAGAAAGGGAGUGAGCAGAAGCGCUGGAUCAAGUCUGGCGUCGAGUUUUACCAGGGCAAGCCGAUGAUGAGCGUCGUGGCUGCGGACGAGUGGGCCGAUUGGAGCUUGUUGUCGCUGGCUACGAGGGGGGAGGAGAGGAAUGGGAGCGUGACGGUGGAGUUUGAGAGGGAGCAGGAAGAGGAUGGGAGUUGGGGGAGUGUGUUGAGGGUUUUGCUUGUGGGCAGGUUUGGGGUCAAGACGCCGAUAAGGGAGAUCAGUUGGGCCUUUUGGGACGUUGAUGAGAGUGAGGAGUUAUGGGUUGGAAUGUAUGCUGCUAAGCCCAUUAGUGAUGCGAGGGACAAUUUGGCUGUCCAGUUUGAGGAUUUCGUCGUUGAGGCGAGGACGGAUUGA